AUGAUCAAGGGAAAUUGCUACUGGAUCUUGUUUAUACUGAUGUAUUUAGAAGGAUCAAAUUUCAUUAAUUGUCUUCAUGUAGAUACAUGUUUCACAUCGAACUCGUGUGGUCUUGAAACUAUCACAUGUCCAACAGGAACAGUGAUUGUACCGGAGAUAAAUUACCUGUUCAAGAAGGCCACACCAAAUACAUGUCCAGGACCUGCUGGUGAUUGUGACCAUGUUUGUUGUACGUUUGAUUCAGUUGAUAGCGAUGAAGACACAAAUUUGGAGGUUCCAGAUAUAAAUGCUAUAUUGCAAUAUGUGGUAAAUUGUUUAAAACAGGAAUCGUGUAACGUACAGGCGCCGUUUGACAAUACCAAGGAUUUCGAUUAUGUGCUUUAUCCAUAUUCCUGUUUGGAGACAUCCAAGGUAGUGGAAAUUGUAGACAAUACUGCUACGGAAACGUUUAAUGGUGAUGUAUCCGUAUUCUAUUCUGGUGCCACCGAGGCUACACCUGGUACAAACUGCUCAUGUCAAGUUACCAGUACAUCUCAAAUGACCAUCGUAUCAAUAUACGUAUAUCUAGACGAACUAACAUGCCCUCAAGUCAAGUUAACUACAGAUGGUGGUGUCAAUAUUGUUUCUUGUGAUGCCACUGGAUACCUAUCUUUGGAAGAUGAUUACGAUCCGGGAAAUCAAUUUUAUUUGGAACUAAGCAGUUUAAAUGCGACUGAAUUCAACGUUAUUUGGAUCAAAUUUAAAACUGAUCCUGCAGCAGACAUCAACGUACAAUGCAACGGAUGUAGUCGAUCAUCAACUGUAGCUCCACCUGAAGCUGAUGUACCGUCGGUUGUUGCUACUUGCUAUACGGAUUCAGGAUCUUGUUCAACAGUUUCUAUCGAAUGUACUACUGGCAAUGUUAUAGCACCAUCAGUACAUUACUUAGUGAAAAAACAAACACCAAAUUCUUGUCCCGCACCAGCUGAAGAUUGCAGUAAUGUUUGUUGUACAUUCGACGAAGCAGAUUUCAACGAUGUCAAUAAUGAAUUGGCGGAUGAUAUAUUAAGUUACGUAUCUGAAUGUUUAAAGCAGGACUCGUGCCUUUUUCAAUCCACAUACGACGCAACCUUGUCGUUCGAUUACAAUGCUUAUUUAUAUUAUUGUAUACCAGAGACAAGCAUCGUAAAGAUGAGCGAUAAUAUUGCUACUACGACCUUUACUGGAGAAGUAUCUAUAUACUAUGCUGCAGAAGAAUUACCAUUUCCUGGUAACAACUGUUCAUGUGUCGUCACAAGUGCUACAAGCAUGACCAUUAAAUCAUAUUACGCCUUUUUGGAUUUGUCCUCAUGUCCAAAGGUGAUUGCUACAAUAUCUGGUACAGCUCUAUACACGUGUGCUGCAGAAGGAUAUUUGUCAUUCGAAGAAGAGUUUGGAACAACUAAUCAACUAUACAUCGAGAUUCAAAACAAUGCGAAUGCUGCUACAAAUAAUGUAAUGUGGCUUAGUGCUUCGACAGGUACUGGUGAUGACAUCAGCGUUAGUUGCUCUGGUUGUGAAAAUACACCUCCAACUUCAUCGACUGCAACAACAACGACUACACCGACAUCAUCUACUUCGACAGCUACAUCGGCAGCAACUACUCAAAUAACCUCGACAACAACUAAUCCUUCAACAACCGAAACCGGAACAACUACAUUAACUACUACUUCUUCAUCCACAAAUACAUCUCCCACUUCAUCACAAGAAUCCGCAGCAUCUACUAGUAACGCUGAUACAGAUAACUCAACAGCAUCUAAUACGACAAACCUCCCAAUAAAUUCUGGAGAUGGCACAGGAAGAGAGGUCUCAGAUAGUUCCACUGGUUUGAUAAUUGGAGUAAGUGCUACACUUGGUGCUCUCGUUUUGGGAGUAACUGUAACUCACGGAAUUCUUUAUCUUAUUCAUAAGCAUAAGAAUGCAAAGGUUUCACCAUAA